AAAACUUUACUCCUUCGUACUUCAUAUAACAUCAACCCAAAAUACAAUUGAUACAUUAUUUUAGUGUAUUUGUAAGGGUAACGUUUGUGGGGUUGUUAUAGGAGGAUCAUCCUUGGUGAGGCCUUACCGGGCGCAGGUGCUGGCGGGAAGCAUUGGUCUUGUUUACCUGUGCAUCACUGUCUUGUGUAUCACUCACUUAAUGCCGUAACUAUUCCCCUAAAACCUUAAGGGCUUUGGGCACUUUUUUUCUAUAUUGAAGACGGAGAGGAAGGUGCCACUUCCAACAGCUACAGUAAUAUGAAUGGAAAUAUCCCCCAAAAGAAAACUUUAGGGGGUGGCCUUCGAAAUUUUCGUAUGGACAAAGAAGAUGCAAAUAAAGGUCAAGCAACGCUCUUAAGAUAUUUUCGUAGCGAAGUUAAAAAAACCCAUGGGAAUGAAAAACCAGCUGGUGCAUCAGAUCAGGACAGCAUUUCUGAUUCAACAAACAAAGCUGAGUGUUCACCUCGCCCAGUAUUAAAAUCUCAUAUCCCAAGUACCAAGUCAAUUGAUGAUAAUACAAGUGAUUCGACUCAAAAACUUCAGACUUGUAAUUCAAGUACUAUUACAACUACUGUUAUAAAUAAACCAUCGACUACUGUUUCUUUUCGUCAUUCGAAUACCUCACCUGUAACAACAGCAGAAGAAGCAGAUGUCAGUGAAGAUGAGACUCUAACAAGUAAACUUGAUAGAAAAAAUAAUAGCAAAGGUGAUAGAAAAGAAACGAGCCCAGUAUUGCAGAGAAGGUUCAGGAGAGACAUGGGUAAAUUGGACGACAAAGCUUCAUCCAAAUCAUCUGCAGUGCCCAGUACUAGCAUAUCUCAAAUGACAAGAAUUGUUCAGAAGCCUUCUAGUAUAGUUUCUCAUCGUACAUUGUCCAAGCCCUUGUUUGUUGAUGCACCAAGUCCUGAACCAAAGGAAGAGGAGGAUGGUAGUAAUAAUGAAGGUGAUAAUGAUGAAUCAUCAACUGACAAUCCUUUAGGUGGAAUCUCGAUGAAGACUCUGAUCAGCAAGACUACGGUACCAAAGAAAGGCGUAAAUUACUCAGAAGCUGAAGGGGAUAGUCAAGACAGUCAUAUUGUUCAAAUGAAGGUUAUUAAGCGUGUGCGACUUGUGGCAUCCAGUGAUGAAGAUGAUGAUGCAACUCCUCCAGCCAAGAAACAACAGCUAAAUGGUCACAAUAGUUCCUCAGAUGACUUCUCUGAUAUGCCAGAUGAUGACACAAUUCAGAAAUUCAUACUAAUGUGGGAAUCUGUAUACCCAUUUGUUGAAAAAAUGGAAUUUUUAGAUAUGUAUCGAGACAAUAAGUGGGAUGCCAAGCAAACUAUGACAGAGUUAGGAAAACUUAAUAAAGAAAGAAAAAAUCAAAAGAAACAUCAAAAAAUUGAGGAGGAAAUUGCAAGAAAAAAGGAGGCGGCAGAAAAGAAGGAAGAAAAGAGGAAACUGAAAUUGGCCGAGAAAGAAUUGGAAUCAUUAGCAAGAGCAGCGAUGAAGGAGAAGUUGAAGGCUCGAAAGGAUGCUUGGAAAGUGAAGGCAACUAUGAAACACGAUGAACAAGACUUGGAAGAGGAUGAGGAGGACUAUCAGUUUGGAGGUGCAAAAGUUUAUGACAGUGAGGAAGAUUCUGGAGGUGAAGAGAGUACAGCAAAUACAGGAGAUCGUCAACUAGUGCUCCAGUUCUUUAACGAAGCUUCUAUUGGUGAACUUAGUGCAGUUGGAGGCUGUUCCAAGAAAAAGGCAGAAGUCAUUUCUCAGAUUCGACCCUUCAAAGACUGGACAGACAUUGUGUACAAAUUCCAGACUGGGAAAUAUGUAGGUCCUGAGCUCCUAAAUGAGGCAAAAACUAUUUUACAUGUAAGAAAUACAGUACAGAGGCUUAUGAAGAGAUGUGAGAAUAUUGCCAAGGAAAUGCAAACCAUUGUAUCCAGAAUUGUAAGUGGGGAAGAGGAUGCAGGAAUCAGCAAACAACCUGAAUCUCUUAAUCCAUUGAUGCAGUUGAAAGGCUAUCAGUUAAUUGGCCUCAACUGGUUGGUGCUGAUGCAUGAACAGGGAUUAAAUGGUGUUCUGGCUGAUGAGAUGGGGCUUGGUAAGACAGUCCAAGCAAUCUCAUUUCUGUCUCACAUAAAGGAAGUGGAAGAUCCUGAAGAACUUAGCCUGAUCAUUGUUCCAUCAUCUACAUUAGACAACUGGGCUCGAGAGUUGGAGUUAUGGUGUCCUUCUCUUGAGGUUCUUCAGUAUCACGGAAGUCAGGAUGAACGACGAGCUAUAAGAUGUGGCAUUAUGAACAAUAAUUUGGAGGAGGAUCCAGAUGUCAUCCUGACCACAUACAAUAUGGUCACUGUGAGUCCAGAAGAUAAAGCACUCUUUAAGAAGCUGAGGUACCACACUGUGAUUUUAGAUGAGGCUCACAUGCUCAAAAAUAUGGCUUCUCAGCGUUAUGAAAACCUCAUGAAAAUUAAGGCCAAGCGUCGUGUUUUGUUGACGGGUACACCUCUCCAGAAUAAUUUGGUGGAGCUCAUGUCUAUCCUCAUCUUCGUAAUGCCACAACUAUUUGACAGUAAAAAAGAAGAAUUGAAAAGAGUAUUCUCCAUGUUUCCUAAAUCGGAAGGAAAUGGCAAUAAAGGUCGAUUUGAACGUGAGAGGAUUGAGCAAGCAAAGCGUAUAAUGAAACCCUUCUUUCUUAGACGGCUGAAGUGUGAUGUUUUGAAGGAUCUGCCACCCAAACAUGAUGAAAUUACAUUUACUCCAAUGUCACAACGUCAGAAGGAAAUUUACUCGGAGACGGUGUCCUUUCUGAGUAAAAGAGCGCAGCAACACCAAUUAGAGCUCGAGAAAUUGAACUUUAAAGAUCUGACAGAAGUAGAUGAACUGGAGUCUACUGGAGGUGCAAACAAGACCAGAGAGAAGACUAGAGAUGCCAGUUCCAACAUGGUUACAACUCUUCGCAAAAUAGCCAACCAUCCAUUAUUAAUAAGACACCACUACGAUGAUAUAAAGUUAAAGAAGAUUGCAGAGACUCUAAAGAGAACCACCCACAGAGAUUCUGUACUAGAGUACAUUUUGGAGGACUUCUCAGUCAUGUCAGAUUUUGAGAUACAUUCUACUUGCAACAUCUAUCACUCCAUCAAGAAGUUCCGCUUGCCAGAUGAGUUAAUUCUCAGUUCUGGCAAGUUCCAGCAGCUAGAUGUGUUACUCCCCCAGCUGAAAAAUGAAGGGUCUCGUGUUUUAAUAUUUUCACAAUUUGUGAUACUUCUUAAUGUCUUAGAGCAGUACAUUAAACUUCGAGGACAUAAAUACCUCAGAUUUGAUGGCACCACACAGGUAACUGAAAGACAAGAACUUAUUGACCAGUUCACGGAAGACGAAGACAUCUUCGUCUUUCUUUUGUCAACGAGAGCAGGUGGACUGGGCAUCAAUAUGACUGCUGCAGACACAGUUAUUAUUCAUGACAUUGACUUCAAUCCAUAUAAUGACAAACAAGCAGAAGAUAGAUGUCAUAGAGUUGGGCAAACCAAGCCCGUGAAAAUCAUCCGUUUGAUCAGCAAGGACACCAUAGAGGAGGGUAUGCUGCGAAUUGCCCAGGACAAGCUACAGCUAGAACGAGAUAUUACAAGUCUUGCAGAUGACCAACAGAAGAAGGGUGAUGUAGUAACACUCCUAAAAGCUGCUUUGGGCAUAGUGAAGACAGAUGGCCAGAGUAAUUCAGCAAGCAGUAACUCUGAUCCAUCAUCUUAGUCACAUGGAGCAUUAGUUCUUAUGCCAACUAGUGGGUCAUCAUAGUCACUUGGAAAUUGCCUUACAAUUUUGAAGUCACAUAAGAUGGAGAUGAUCUUUUGUUGUCUUAUAUUCACUAUACACUCACAAUUCUAAGUUUGUUCUUGUUUGUAAUAAGAGUCAAUAUGCAGCCUAAUCUAUUCUGUGUUGACCAUGAUUGGCCCUCUUUUUCUAGCAAAGUUUUUGAUAAGAGAUUUUUUUUUUUAACAAAUAUGAUAAAAUGUAAAUUAUGAUACACGAAGGAAUGCCUUAACAGCAAGGUUUCUGUAUAUGAUUUGAGUUCAAAAACUAUAAAAAAAUUAUUUUGGGUCUGAAACUACAUAACAAUUGUAAUCAGUAUAAUCAUUAUUAAAAAGAAUAUUAUGUUAUCUAAGAAUCACUUCACUCUCUGCACUGAUAGCUUCUUUAUCAUCCCAGAUUUAAUUUUCAGGAUUAUCAUACAUCAAGAUGCAGUUAUAUGUUGGGGGACAAAGCAUACUUCCUCACACCUACAGACAUUGUGGAGAACUGGGGCUGUAUGGGAAUGUGGUGUAUCAUCACUAAUGAGUAAUACAGUAUAUGGUAACACUAACAGUAAAUACUUGCAUAUAUGUUUCUUUGGUAAGACUUGUACAUUCUUGGUGCAAGAUGGGCAGUGGGUAUACUCAAGCAUCACUAUUCAAGGUCCAGCUUUGCAUGAUGAGUCUACUAAACAUUGAUAAUGAAUGGGUAGAGUCAUGUUAGAGAUGGCUGUGAGAUAUGUUAAACUGCACCAAACUUUCAAGAAAGAAUUUUCAUAUUUCCUUCCAAAACUUCUUUCUGGUAAUUUUUAUUAUUCACAGUUCAUAUACUAUGUAUUUAUCACUGUCCUUACAGUUCAGCCUCAGUAUUAUAAUUAAUUUAUAGAUUUUUCUUGAAAACUGCAUGUUUAUAUUUUUUAACACCUAUUUUUCAGUACUUUUAUUUCCACAAACUAAGAGGGUAUUUAAUUGAAAACUUCCUUUACACACUAAUAAUAACACAUUCCUCAUGUCUUCUCUCCACUUGCUCAUAUAUUCUCAUCAUCUCUAAAUAGACUAAUGCAGGUAUGUUUUUUUUUUGUCAAUAAAUGAGUUACACUUU